AUGUUUCAUCUAGGUAGUGCCGCCGAGGCCGAUGAUUCCGACUCAGAUACAGCUAAUGAUAGUGAAGCUUGUGACACCAUAGAUAAUGAAAAUGGGAAGAUGCCGUCUUUUGUGCUCUAUACUAAUAAUUGGCAAGACAUUGUUCAAGGGCAGUUACCUUUCAACAUCUGUAAUGAGUCACCUGAACUUAAUUUGGACGUGAGUCAGAUUCUAAGUCCACUGGAUGCUUACAAACUUUUUGUGACAGAUGAACUUUGA